AUGUACGGUUACGUAAGAUUAAUUUAUUAAUCUUAGUCUUUUUAAACCCUAAUCUAACUAUAUGAAAGGAAAAAAAAAGUAUGGAUACAGUUUUAAAUGAUCACAAUUUUAAAAACGCUCUAUGUUUUUAUUGUGAAAAUGUUCGUGUUUUUUUUUCUCUAUAGUUGGUUGUCCAACCUUGAUGGUUAUCUACGGAAAUGCAGGUUAUGUGAUCAGGGUUUGGUUAUGUUUGCUGUUAAUUAUAGAUAUCUCUUAUUUUUUCGUUAACUAGUGCUCCUGGCCGGCUGCAGCAUGUCAAGUGUAUUUGGCAUACACGUUGGCAACACGUCAGCGUGCCUGGCACUAGCGAAAGACGGGAAAAUAGAAGUAAUUGCCAACGAUUCCGGCGACAGGGUGACGCCGGCCGUUGUGACGUUCAGCGAUAGCGAGACUGUGGUCGGCUCGGCGGCCAAGUCGGCCCUCGCGCGGAACCUGACGAGCUCCGUGGUGCACAACAAGCAGCUGCUGGACGCCUCGCUGUCGGACGAACAGUUGGAGGAGAUCGCGGCAAGGCACGCGUGUGCCAUGGUCAAGGUCGAGGAGUCGUGCGUCAAGUACGAGAUCAAGAAGGCAGACGGCAAGUUGUGCGUGUACUCGCCGGAGGACGUGGCCACGCACAUCUUCAGGAAGCUGUUCGCGAUAGCGAGCAGCACGGCGCGGCCGGAGGCGGACCUGCGCGCGGUGUUGUGCGUGCCGCUGCAGUUCCCGCAGGCGAGCCGGCAGGCUGUGAUGCGCGCGGCCGAAGAGGCGGGCUUCGACGUGCUGCAGGUGGUGAGCGAGCCGUCCGCCGCGGCGCUGGCGUACGGCGUGGGGCUGCAGGACGCCGAGGAGGAGAGCCACUGCCUGGUGUACCGCGCGGGCGGUACCUCGCUGGACGCCACGCUGCUGCAGGUCAACUCGGGCAUGUAUACGGUGCUGGCAACCGUGCGUGAGCCACACCUGGGAGGGGAUCGCUUCACCAAGGUGUUGGUGAACUUCCUGGCUGCCGAGUUCGCGCACCGUUGGAAGCUAGACCCACAAGACAGCCGCCGCUCCAUGACCAAGCUGACGGCCGCCGCAGAGACGUGCAAACAUGUGCUGUCCACCGUGAGCACGGCGCACUGCUUCGUCGAGUCACUGUGCGAGGGUGUCGACUUCAGCCACAACAUCACGCGAGCACGCUUCGAGAACCUCAUCGCUGCCGCCCUACCAGAGUACGUGGAGCCAGUGCGACGCGUACUGGUCACGGCGGGCGUAGACGCCUCAUCCGUGGGCAAGCUAGUGCUGUGCGGGGGCUCUGUUAAGAUUCCCAAGCUGCAGCAGGUGUUGGGUGAUCUGUUCCCGGGAGCCACCAAACUGUGCGGUCUGCCACCGGACGAGGUAGUGGCCACGGGAGCGGCUAAGCACGGCUCGUACAUGUCGUGCUCCUUCGAUCCAGACUGCGAGCACCUCUCCAUGGAGAUACCGGCCGUGUCGCGGCCGCUGUACGCGAGGGUGGCCGGCCAGGAGGAGCUUAGGUGCGUGAUCCCAGCACUGACCCCGGUGCCCGUCAGGAGGAUCCACACCCACGAGGUGCAGCCAGCAGGGUCCGAGAUAACCGUGGAGCUGCACGAGAAGGAGUCCAAGGAAUCAGAGGCCAGUCGUUUCCUCACGAAGGCGACACUGGCCAGCGUAAAAGAUGCGACCCAAGUCGUUGUGGAAGUGAGCAUCAACAGCAUGGGUGGACUGCACUUGGUGCUGACAGAGCCCAAGUCUCAGGUGAAGGCUAGUGUGAAACUAGAAGCUCCAGGGGCAUAGCAAGACAUCCAUGCUGUUAGAAUCAUUAAUUAUAUUCAUUUGUUUGGAUGAUUUUAAAGAGUUUGUGUACUGAUUGACUAAUUUGUUCUCGACAAGCUACAAUAAAUAUUUUUAAACUA